AUGCUAAGCCAGUUGCCCCUCGAGAUUGUGGAUGCUAUCGCCGACUUGGCAUGUAUGCUGCCACAACGUAGCGUGCGGUCGCUGAGUCUUGUUUCAACCACGCUAUAUGCCGCUGUGUUCCCUCGGCUCCACCGUGCGAUAACCUUCCGUGCCAGCAAUGAAUGGGUCUUGAACAUCCUCGAGGUCAGUCCCUAUUUAGGGGACGGACCCAAUUGCCGUGCCAGGGAGAUUCUGCAGCAUGCCAGGGAGUUAAUGGUUAACGCCCCAUACAUAUCGCUCGGUUUCACCGCUGUGUGUACAAUAGCAACUUCUUUCCACCUGCCAGGUCGCCAAGAGGGCUCACAUUGGGAAGUCCGCACGAACCAACCGCUCACAGGGGGUUUCUAG